AUGUUUGGCCAACGAUCCUCCGGACUAGACCAAUUAAUACGUCGCCCAAAGCGUAGCCCAUGGCAAGAAUUUCGCGAAAGGCCUUGUGUCAUUCUUGCCAAACAGGUUUAUGCAUCUCGGAGUAUCAUUCCUGCUCAGCCAGUCUCAAACGCGGUUUCCGUUGUGUGCAUAUCCGAUACCCAUAACUAUCAACCAGAAUUGCCUAAUGGCGACAUACUGAUUCAUGCUGGGGAUCUCUCGCAGUCAGGCACACUUGAAGAAGUCCAGAAAACCAUCCUCUGGAUAAGUCAACAACCAUUUGAGUACAAGGUCGUAAUUGCCGGAAACCAUGAUUUGAUAUUGGAUUCUUCUCGAGAUCAAGAUAAAAAUGCUGAAAUUAAGAGAUCCCAGCUAGAGUGGGGUGACAUUAUUUAUCUGGAGAACUCCUCUGCAACCUUGACUUGCUCGAAUGGUCGCCGCCUGACGGUCUACGGCAGCCCCUGCUCGCCACAACAUGGCAACUGGGCAUUCCAGUAUCCGCGACAUAAUGAUGUGUGGUCGGGAACCUCUUUUGGCGAUAUUGAUAUCCUCGUUACUCAUGCGCCACCAAGAGGACACCUUGACAUAAUGUUUCUUGGCUGUACUUAUCUCUUGUCAAAGUUGUGGCAAACCCAGCCGCUGCUCCACGUAUUCGGGCAUGUUCAUGAAGGCUAUGGCCAGGAAUGGUUACAAUUUGAUGCAGUUCAGGAAGCAUACGAGCAAACUAUUGUCGCUGGGGGUGGUAUAUUCAAUCUUGUCUACCUUCUAUACCAACGCUUUCUUGCUUGGUUCGACGCCCCCUUGGAGUCGCGAUGCCUAUUGGUCAAUCCAGCAAUCGUUGGGGGAAUCUAUGAUGAGAAAAAGAGGAAGCCUUUUCGGGUCAUAAUUUGA